AUGAGUAACUUCUUCGUGCAUCAGAAUGUUGGUUCUUAUAAGAUAUUGGAUAAUCCAUACAAAAUCAAUCUUCACAAAUUGAUUGCUAUGAAGGUUAUUGAGAAGUUUUGUGGAUCCAUUCAUGGAUUUAGGUUCGUUUCCUUCCCUGAUAUGACAAAUGGGAAAGUCGAAAACAACACCACAGUUGAUGUGAUUGGUAAAGUUUCUGGAUAUGGUGAUGUGAUCAUUGGUGAUAAAUAUGGUUCCCCAAAUCAGAGGAUGGAUGUGCAAUUGCAAGACAUUGAUGGUAACAAGAUGAAGGUAACAUUCUGGGAUCCAUAUGUGGAUGACUUCAAGGCAAAAUUUGACAAUGACAAGGCUGUUGUUAAUGUGAUGAUUGUAAAGUUUGCGAAGUUGCGGGAAUGGAGAGGAAUCUUCUUUGUAUCUCAUGGUUUCAAUGUUGCCCGUAUUUUCAUGAAUAAUAAUAUCGAUGAAAUCAACGCCUUCAAAAAAAGUUUUGUUGACAAAAAUGGGGAUGAAGUUGCAAAUCAUAAGAUGAUAUCCUUAGCAGAUCCAUCAACUAAAGCAUUCUUCACUAAUAUCAAAUGUGUCCAACUGUUCGAGUUAGAUACCAUAUUUGAGUUAAUUACUCUUUAUGAAAAUAUAUUCCCAAACAGUGAAACCUCGCCUUACAAUAUUCAUGUUGCAACAUCAUGUGUUGCGGUUGCAACAAUUCACUCCAUCGAAACCGACCAGCCUUGGUACUACAUUGCAUGCCGCAAAUGUAGCAAGAAGGUAACUACAAAUAAUCCAGAAGAUGAAAUUGAAGUGGUUGGUGAUGUGAGAAAGAACAAAAAAACCACCCAUGACUGCCCAGAUUGUGGUCCUGAUGUGAAUGUCAUCUCUCGGUUCAAAGUGCAAAUCAAACUUAAAGAUGAAUCAGGUGCAGCAUCCUUGGUGUUCUUUGAUCGAGAUGUUGUGAAGCUCAUCAUGAAAACCGCUCAUAGUUUGGUGGAUAAGUGUGCUGGCGCGGAAUCUUAUCCAGAGGACUUGGAUGCAAUGAUUGGAAAGAAAGUUAUGGUUAAGUUUGAUGUGACUCAAUUUAAUCUUAACAACAGUUACCAGGUUGUUUCUCGAAUGACCCAAGAAGAAGUCAUGUUUAAAACUUUUUACAAGUUAUCCAUGAUUGAAAUGUAUGAGUGCAGAUCCUCCACCCACCGUUCUAAUAUGCUUGUAUCGAUGGUGGAGAAAUGUUCAAGUUACGCCAAGGUUAUGAAUAUGUUGGUGGUGGGUUAG